AUGGUCCACUAUAAGCUGACUUAUUACGCCUUCUACGGACUCGGAGAGCCAAGCCGUCAGCUCUUCGCGCUCGCUAACGUUGAUUUUGAGGAUCAUCGGGUGAGAAGAGAGGAAUGGGCCGCAUUGAAAAACAGUACCCCGUUUGGGCAAAUGCCCGUCUUGGAAGUUGAUGGGAAACAACUAGCUCAAUCGAAGGCUAUCGCUCGUUAUUUGGCGCAUCAAUUUGGUUUCGCUGGUGAGACCCUCUGGGAACAAGCCCAAGUCGAUGCGUGGGGCGAUCAAAUCAGCGACUAUAUGAAUGAAGUGCUUGAUUACUUUCACUUCAAAGUCGGAUAUACGCCUGGGGAUGCCGAGGCUGCGUAUCAAACUCAAGUGAUUCCUGCUCGUGAGCGAUUUUUUCCAAUCGCCGUCAAGCAGCUGAUGGAGAACGGCUCGGGAUUUUUGGUGGGAAACAAGGUCUCUUGGGCCGAUCUUUUUCUCAUCUACCACGUCGAGACUUUCCGGAAUUGCCGGCCGGAGUACGUGGACGAUUAUCCCGGGAUCCUUGCUCAUUUCGAGAAAGUUCGUGCUAUUCCGGAGUUGAAGAAAUGGCUUGAAAAACGACCCGAAGCACAAUAU